CUCAACAGAAAUAAUUCACAGAAGACAUGGAGGUUGGAAACCACACCAGCGUGACUGAGUUCGUCAUUUUGGGGUUCACAGAGAAUACUACAAUUUGUGCCAUUUUAUUUAUUGUGUUCCUAGGAAUCUAUGUUGUCACCUUAACGGGCAAUGUCAGCAUAAUCAUGUUAAUCAGGAGCAGCCCUCAGCUUCAUACCCCAAUGUACCUUUUCCUCUGCCAUUUGGCCUUUGUAGACAUUGGUUACUCCUCAUCGGUCACACCCGUUAUGCUCACGGGCUUCCUCAGGGAAGGAACCUCUAUCCGUGUUGCCGGUUGUAUAGCCCAGCUCUGUUCUGUGGUCACAUUUGGGACAGCUGAGUGCUUCCUGCUGGCCGCCAUGGCCUAUGAUCGCUAUGUGGCCAUCUGCUCCCCGCUGCUCUACUCCACCCACAUGUCCCCCAGGGUGUGCAUUCUCUUAGUGGGGAUUUCCUACUUGGGUGGGUGUGUGAAUGCUUGGACAUUUACUGGCUGUUUAUUGACUGUGUCUUUCUGUGGACCAAAUCAAGUAGAUCACUUUUUCUGUGAUUUCUCCCCUUUGUUAAAAAUUUCCUGCUCAGAUAUUUCUAUUAUUGAAAUUAUCCCUUCCAUCUCUUCUGGGUCUAUUAUUGUGGUCACUGUGUUUGUGAUAUCUGUCUCUUACAUCUGCAUCCUCAUCACCAUCCUGAAGAUGCGUUCUGCUGAAGGGCGCCAUAAAGCCUUCUCCACCUGCACCUCCCACCUCACUGCAGUUACUCUCUACUAUGGAACUGUUACCUUCAUUUAUGUCAUGCCCAAAUCCAGCUACUCAACUGACCAGAACAAAGUGGUGUCUUUGUUCUACACUGUGGUGAUCCCCAUGUUGAACCCUCUCAUCUACAGUCUGAGGAACAGAGAUGUGAAGGAAGCCUUGAGAAAGGCAGUUGUCAGAUUACAUUCUUAG